AUGGCAACUCCACGCCGCUCAAGUCGCAUCGCCUCGCGCACGCCAAGCGCUGCUGGCUCCGAUGCUGGUUCUGAUGCUGGCGGUCGUCGCAUCGAUCGUGCCUCGAAGGCUCCCCCCAACGCCGGUCAGGUUGGCCGACUUACUACCACGCGCCCCGCUACCUCCAAUGCUUAUGGCGCUACUGGAUCCGAUGAUCGCUCGUCCGCGCAGCCCGAGAUGAUCGAGGCGCCCACCGCUCGCCAGGGCUUUGCAGUCUCAUUCAAGAAGAGCCGUGAAGGAAGCCGUGAUGGAAGCCGUGCUGGAAGCCGUGCUGGAAGCCGUGCUGGAAGCCGUGCCUCUGCCCCUCGCACGCUCACUGAGGACGACAACAACAACAACAAUGUCAGGGUUCCUCCUACCAUCCCCGAGGCGCACGAGACUUCCACUGCUUCCAAGGCGCCUAGCUCUAUCCGCGCUGCCUCGCCCCGCUCGACUUUCGUCCACCCCCCGGCCUCCAACGAGAGCCGCAUGCCCAGCCCGUCUGCUGCCCGCAACAAUGACGACCGUUCAGUCUCCAGCGACGGCCACACGCCUGCCGCACUCAACGACGAUGGCCGCCCGGUUUCCCGUGAUACCAAUGAAAGCUCCUUCGCGCCCACCAAGAGCUGGAACGAUCUCCGUGAGGCUGCCUUCGUUGGAUGGGCCACUUACAGCCCGCGUUGGUACGACAUUGCUCGCCGCAUUGUGCGCAACUACCUCGCUCCUCUCACCUGGGCCAUUUCGACCCUAUCCAAGAUCAGUGCCAUGGUCAUCGGCUUCCUCUCCACCCUUAUCUUCUUCUUCCUUCUCUUCGACGUCACCAUCAAGUCUGUGAUCCUCCGCAACACAAGUGCCUCGGACUACAUGCAUGAGCGCUCCUCCCAAAUCAUCGGCUUCGUCACCGGCUCUGAGCCCAUCUACCAGCCUUUCCCGAUCACAGGCGACCUCAACAACAUAGGCCAAGUCGACAUUGGAAUCAUGAAGAAGGAUCUCGACUACCUGAAGGCCAAAAUUCCCGAGUUUGUCAUGCUCACCCACAACCCCAAGACCGGUCGCAAUGAGAUCCCUGGCCCUUUCUGGCACGCCCUUCGCGACAACCUGGCCAAAGAAGGCAUUUCCACCGGCGACGUCAAGGACUCCGCUUCAUGGGCCAAUUUCUGGCAGCACAACAAGGCUCAACUGGACACAUACCUGUCGGAUGCAGUCGACGCCAAGGUCAAGAACGCGAUCGGAAACAACACGCCUGUCACAAACGACACCUUCAUCGGCAUGGUGGAGAGUGAAUUCAAGCUUCUUCAGAACCGUGUUGCUGACAUGGAGUCGUCUUGGAACAAGAAUCUGAACAAGAAGUUCAAGGACCUGGUCGCAACCUUGCCGAAGGGCCAACUGGAGACAAUGGCCAACACCGUGCUGUUGGAGAACGCCUGGGCAGCCCUCCACUCGGUCAACUUCUUUUCCAGAGCUCUCGGGGCCGUCGUUGACCCCCACCUCACCUCCCCCACCAUGGCCUCACGUGGUCUCACCAGGAGAGUUCUCCAAAAGCUAACCUGGAUCCCCGGAGAUCUCCCGCCCGCUGCAGUUCUCGUCGGUUGGGAGGAGCCCACAGACUGCUGGUGUGCGGCGAGGUCUCCGGGGACCGGGAAGGCACAAAUCGGGAUCGUCAUGCCCCACAAGAUUGUGCCGGAGACUCUCCUGGUUGAGCACAUCCCUCGGGAUGGCACUCUUGACAUUGGGAGUGCCCCCCGGGGGAUGGAGGUCUGGGUGGAGGUGGAGGAUGAGGGGGUCCGGGCGGCCCUGGGGCAGCCUGAGGACAGGCCGGGAGAGAAGUUCGUGCGGGUGGGGAGCUUUGAGUAUCGGGUUGACGCCCUGAACCACGUUCAGGCGUUCAACCUGAACUCAGAGCUCCUCACCCAGAGCCCGGUGAACAAGGUGGUGGUGAGGGUGACGGGGACCUGGGGCAGGGACUGGACCUGCUUGUACCGGCUGCGCAUGAACGGCACGCCGGCCGACAACUUCAGCGGGUUCGAGGAGUAG